CGGCCCUCCUGCCGCUGAGCUGAGCUUGUGCGGGACGGGAGCUCCCCGAGAGCCCCGCUCGGCACCCACCCCAUCCCUCCACGACCUUGGCCCCUGUGUCUUGGGCCCCAGGAGAGGACUGACUGGACCAGGGCUCCUGGGGGAGGGGGAGGGAGAGAGGGUGGAAAUGGGGAAGGGAGGGAGGGCUGGCGGGCGGCUGGCUGCUCUUGGACCUUGGCCCUCCCCUUCCUGGAUGGGUAGGGUGGAAGAUGGAACCCUGAAGAGCUGGAGGACUGGGACCUAGGCACCAGUGCCCUGCCAGCUCCUGGGAUCAAGUAGGGUCCCAGGCAACAGGCAGACAUGGGGCCCCUGUCCCAAAAGUGCCUGGAGCCUGAGCCUGAUGCUCCCAGCCAGCCUGGUCCAGCCCUUUGGUCCAGGGGUCUGGCCCACACUCAGGCGUUGGUCGGCGGCUCCUCACUGCAGCAGCUGGAUCCCGAGAACACAGGCUUCAUCGGUGCAGACAGCUUCGCUGGCCUGGUGCACAGCCAUGAGCUGCCUCUGGACCCGGCCAAGCUGGACAUGCUGGUGGCCCUGGCUCAGAGCAAUGAGCAGGGCCAGGUCUGCUACCAGGAGCUGGUGGACCUGAUCAGCAGCAAGCGCUCCAGCAGCUUCAAGCGGGCCAUUGCUAACGGACAGCGGGCACUGCCCCGGGACGGGCCGCUGGACGAGCCGGGCCUGGGUGUCUACAAGCGGUUUGUGCGCUACGUGGCCUACGAGAUCCUGCCCUGCGAGGUGGACCGCCGCUGGUACUUCUACCGACACCGCAGCUGCCCACCCCCCGUGUUCAUGGCCUCGGUCACCCUUGCCCAGAUCAUCGUGUUCCUGUGCUACGGGGCCCGCCUCAACAAGUGGGUGCUGCAGACCUACCACCCUGAAUACAUGAAGAGCCCCCUCGUGUACCACCCCGGCCACCGCGCCCGUGCCUGGCGCUUCCUCACCUACAUGUUCAUGCAUGUCGGGCUGGAGCAGCUGGGGUUCAACGCCCUCCUGCAGCUGAUGAUCGGGGUGCCCCUGGAGAUGGUGCAUGGCCUGCUCCGCAUCAGCCUCCUCUACCUGGCGGGCGUGCUGGCAGGCUCCUUAACCGUCUCCAUCACCGACAUGCGGGCCCCGGUGGUGGGAGGCUCCGGCGGGGUCUAUGCCCUGUGCUCGGCACACCUCGCCAACGUCGUCAUGAACUGGGCUGGGAUGAGAUGUCCUUACAAGUUGCUGAGGAUGGUGCUGGCCUUGGUGUGCAUGAGCUCCGAGGUGGGCCGGGCCGUGUGGCUGCGCUUCUCCCCGCCGCUGCCCGCCUCGGGCCCACAGCCCAGCUUCAUGGCGCACCUGGCAGGCGCGGUGGUGGGGGUGAGCAUGGGCCUGACCAUCCUGCGCAGCUACGAGGAACGCCUGCAGGACCAGUGCGGCUGGUGGGUGGUGCUGCUGGCCUACGGCACCUUCCUGCUCUUCGCCGUCUUCUGGAACGUCUUUGCCUACGACCUGCUUGGCGCCCACAUCCCCCCACCGCCCUGACCGGCUACCUGAGGCUGCACGGGCCAUGGCUUGGCACAUGGUGGCCGCCCCCCAUGGGCCUUCACGCCUGCCCUUGUGAGCGGACGUCUCAGGGCUGCUGUGCCCCUCGGGUGUGGGUGGCCUCAGAGGAGACCCUGUCCCGGCCAACUCCCUACCCCCAGGACUCGCAGUCUGAACCUUUUUGGAUAAUUAAUAAAUAUUUUACACAGCA